CAGAGACACAGAAUCAGAGAUAGAGACACACCCAGCAGAGAGAGAAUGAGAACAAGAAGUGGUGUUUGUUAUCGAAAUCUUGAACAGCGUAAAACAGAGAUUAAGAAGAGGAUGAGAAAACGGAUUACUAAUACUAAUUACAAUUACUGUACUUACAAUCAAGAAGAAAUUUGUUGUAAAAGAAGAAAAAAGAUUGAUUACUUAGAUGAAUUACCAGAUGAUAUUGUUUUAUCCAUACUCUGUAAAUUGAGUUCUACUGUGAAUACUCCUUCUGAUCUCUUCAAUUUAGUACUAACAUGCAAAAGACUAAAUAAUCUAGCUCUGAAUCCUUUGGUAUUGUCAAAAGCUUCUCCAAAAUUACUUACAGUGAAAGCUAAGAAUUGGUCUGAAUCAUCUCAUAGAUUCUUGAAACAAUGCUCUGAUUCAGGAAACAUUGAAGCCACUUAUACUCUAGGCAUGAUCCGAUUUUACUGUCUAGAAAACAGAGGAAGUGGAGCAUCAUUAAUGGCAAAAGCAGCCAUGAAUUCAUACGCACCAGCUUUAUAUUCAUUAGCAGUGAUACAAUUCAACGGUAGUGGAGGUACAAAAACAGAUACAGAUUUACGUGCUGGUGUAGCCUUAUGUGCUCGUGCUGCGUUUCUUGGUCAUAUUGAUGCAUUACGUGAACUCGGUCAUUGCUUACAAGAUGGUUAUGGUGUUCGACAAAACGUUACAGAGGGUCGACGCUUUUUGAUUCAUGCUAAUGCUCGAGAAGUUGCCGCAGUUCUUUACUCUCAUCCUCCUUCUACGUCGAUAUUGUUUCAUGCUCAACAACUGAAGCAUAGUAAUGGUGUAUCGUGUCCGUUAUUAAGUGAUUUCGGAUGUAACGUACCACCACCGGAAGUUCACAUUGCCAACCGUUUCUUAACCGAGUGGUUUGAAAUUAAAGGCACGAGUAAUGUAGAUGAUGUGGAGGACGCCGGCCCUGAUGGUGAUGGAUUAGGUUUAAGACUUUGUUCACAUGCUGGGUGUGGAAGGCCUGAGACAAGAAAGCACGAGUUUAGACGUUGCUCGGUUUGUGGUGCGGUGAAUUAUUGUUCUCGGGCUUGUCAGGCCCUUGAUUGGAAGUUGCGCCACAAGGCUAACUGUGCACCAACAGAAGAGUUUAUUGUUGUUGAUGCCCAUGGUAAUGGAGUCGAUGGGGAUGUUGGCGGUGAUGUUAUCGGGGUCGAAGACGAAGAUGUAAUGAUGGCUGAGAGCUGACGGCGGUGACAAUUACUAGUGAUGCGGUUAAAUUUGAGAGUUCUUUUUCCUAUUCCGGGUUUCCUUUUUUUUUUCUUCUUACUCCUACUCUUUUUUUUUGGGUCUAAAGAAUAGAAGAGAAGUACGACGUAGCCGAAGCGGGAAAAUGUGUAAAGCGAAUGCAAAUCAAAAAGAAAUAUUAGAACGAAAAUCAUGGCAGUACAUGUCAUAGUUUCUUAAAUAUAUCCAUUCAAUUUGGUACCA